GAUGAUGGUGGAGAGACACAUAUAGGCCGUUUCAAGUAUAGGCAGUAGGGGUCCUUGAAACAAGCCUUAGUUAGACAUCCCUGGACCCACCACCAGACUAAGGUUGAUUAUAAGAACAGAGCAUCCCCAACAUGCCAACAUCUUCAUCAUCAUCAUCAUCAACUUCAUCCUUCAUUCAUUUGUGAUCUGUUGAGGCUGGUUCUCGACUUCCAUUCCUUCUUUCUUUCGCUUGACCUGCUGUACAUUGUUCUAUAUAUAUCAUCCACUAUAUCAAAAAUAUCAAACCAUGCGUUCCUUCUACGCCCUGAUUCCUGCUGCCGCCAUUGUCGGCGGCGCUGUUGCAAGCACCACCGAGGAGAGCGACUCGUGGUAUUUCGGCAACAGCAUGUUCUACCUGGGCCCUCCCACCUCGGGCAUCGACAUCAUCAAGGCCACCUACUCGAUCGUGCCUCCCAGCGUGCCCUGCGGAUACACCUCGCCCGACAACGAGGACCCGGUCUGGGUCUCCGUCUGGGUCGGCGCCUCCUCCUCGGAGAGCAGUGACUCGACGGACCUCUACCAGCCUUUGUUCAACUGGUCUCCCAACCAGGAACUCCAGGGCUGUCCCGCCUCUGUGUCUGAGUGGUGUGUUGCGGCCAGCACGUACACUCCGGCUGAGCAGGUUUCCGCAGACUAUGUGACUGUUCCUCAGAGCACUCAGGUCGAUUUCGAGAUUUCCGUGGUCGACGACGAGGUUUAUCAGGUUGUCACCAUGGGCGGCAAGGUGAUUUCCAAGCUGACAAACUCUCUCGACUCUGGCCUGCAGUAUUUGAUGUCUAGCGAUGAGUGCUACACUGGCUCUGACGGCGCCUGCGGAACCCUCGACGCCUGGACCAUUACCAAUCUCACGGUCACCCUGAGCGGCGCGGACGAGAAGUUCGGCGACACCAUCGCCCUCUAUGGAUCCAUGACCAGCGCUUCGCUGACCACCUCCGACGACGGAACCACCUGGCACACCGACUAUCUCGAUGUCAAGCUCGUCGACUUUGACGACACUGCCGAUCUGGAUGACUAAGCUGUUGUUGUAUAGGGGGAGCACUGGGCAGUGGAAGAACCGGGCAGCGACAAGCCAAUCUUCCGGGUUGAACUGGACCCAUUGAUUAGUAGAUAGAAAAUAUAGCUAUCUGUGGUUUGCACAUAGUCUGGCAUUCCAUUGACCGAAAGACAUUAUGAUCGAGU